UCGCGCCGCACUGGGAUGGUGACGGCGGCGGCGGGAGGCAGAGCGCGGCUCAGCGAGGAGGCGGCGGCGAGUCAGUGAGGGCCGCUGAGGGAGCGGGCGGGCCCCGCCCCUCUCUCUCUCUCCUGCCGCGCUUCCCUCCCCCUGCCCUUCCUCCCGUACCCUCCCCCACCCCUCCUCCGCCUCCUCCCCGCACGCGCCAGGCGGAGAGGCUGCGAGGGAGCCCCGGGUACAACAUGGCGGAGCACUCGGCCCCCGACAACAAGCACAAACCCGCCGCCAACUCCGUGGCGCUGCUCAACAGCCGCGCCGGGGCGGGCGGCGGCGGCUCGGCGGCGGCGGCUGCCGGCGGCCCCCCGGCGGGUGGAGGCGGCCUGUCGGGGGGCCUGUCGCAGCCGGCGGGCUGGCAGUCGCUCCUCUCCUUCACCAUUCUCUUCCUGGCCUGGCUGGCCGGCUUCAGUUCCCGGCUUUUCGCCGUCAUCCGCUUCGAGAGCAUCAUCCACGAGUUCGACCCUUGGUUUAACUAUAGAUCAACACAUCAUCUUGCAUCCCACGGGUUUUAUGAAUUUUUAAACUGGUUUGAUGAAAGAGCAUGGUAUCCACUGGGAAGAAUAGUAGGUGGAACUGUAUACCCAGGACUGAUGGUGACAGCAGGCCUUAUACAUUGGAUUUUAAAUAUGCUUAAUGUGACAGUCCACAUAAGAGAUGUGUGUGUGUUCCUAGCACCUGUUUUCAGCGGCCUUACAGCUAUUUCUACUUUCCUGCUCACCAGAGAACUGUGGAACCAGGGAGCAGGGCUUUUAGCUGCCUGUUUUAUUGCCAUAGUUCCAGGUUAUAUAUCCCGAUCAGUAGCAGGAUCAUUUGACAAUGAAGGCAUAGCUAUUUUUGCACUGCAGUUCACAUACUAUUUAUGGGUGAAAUCUGUGAAAACUGGGUCAGUCUUUUGGACAAUCUGCUGCUGUCUAUCCUACUUUUAUAUGGUCUCUGCAUGGGGUGGUUAUGUUUUCAUCAUCAACCUUAUUCCACUGCAUGUGUUUGUUCUCUUGCUAAUGCAGAGAUACAGCAGGAGAGUCUACAUUGCAUAUAGCACUUUCUACAUUGUGGGGUUAAUAUUAUCGAUGCAGAUACCUUUUGUGGGAUUUCAGCCAAUUAGAACAAGUGAACACAUGGCAGCUGCAGGUGUCUUUGCACUGCUGCAGGCAUAUGCAUUUUUGCAGUAUCUGAGAGACAGAUUAACGAAGCAAGAAUUUCAAACAUUGUUCUUCUUGGGUGUCUCACUAGCUGCUGGUAUUGUAUUCCUGAGUGUCAUCUAUUUGACAUACACAGGUUAUAUUGCUCCUUGGAGUGGCAGAUUUUAUUCACUAUGGGACACUGGGUAUGCGAAAAUUCACAUCCCGAUCAUUGCCUCUGUGUCUGAGCAUCAGCCUACAACAUGGGUUUCCUUCUUUUUUGAUCUGCAUAUUCUCGUGUGUACUUUCCCAGCAGGGCUGUGGUUCUGUAUCAAAAACAUCAAUGAUGAAAGAGUCUUUGUUGCUCUCUAUGCAAUCAGCGCUGUUUACUUUGCUGGUGUGAUGGUUCGGCUGAUGCUCACUUUGACUCCAGUGGUCUGUAUGCUCUCUGCCAUUGCUUUCUCCAAUGUCUUUGAGCGUUACUUGGGUGAUGAUAUGAAGAGGGAAAAUCCACCAAUAGAGGACAGCAGCGAUGAGGAUGACAAAAGGAACCCUGGCAACCUGUAUGAUAAGGCAGGCAAAGUGAGAAAACAUGUGUCUGAACAGGAAAAAACAGAAGAAGGGCUGGGUCCCAAUAUCAAAAACAUUGUUACUAUGCUGAUGCUGAUGUUGCUGAUGAUGUUUGCUGUUCACUGUACGUGGGUCACUAGCAAUGCGUACUCCAGCCCCAGCGUUGUUCUUGCUUCCUAUAACCAUGACGGCACUCGGAACAUCCUGGAUGACUUCAGAGAAGCCUACUACUGGCUGAGACAGAACACAGACGAGCACGCCAGGGUGAUGUCCUGGUGGGACUAUGGCUAUCAGAUUGCAGGAAUGGCCAACCGCACCACCUUGGUUGAUAACAACACUUGGAACAACAGCCACAUAGCCCUGGUGGGAAAGGCAAUGUCGUCCAACGAGUCGGCGGCGUACGAGAUCAUGAGGAGCCUAGAUGUGGAUUACGUUUUGAUCAUUUUUGGUGGUGUGAUUGGCUACUCUGGCGAUGAUAUUAAUAAGUUCUUGUGGAUGGUGAGAAUAGCAGAGGGGGAACAUCCCAAAGAUAUUCGGGAAAGUGAUUACUUUACCCCUCAGGGAGAAUUCCGGGUAGACAAGGCAGGUUCUCCAACAUUGCUGAACUGCCUCAUGUAUAAAAUGUCCUAUUACAGAUUUGGAGAGAUGCAGCUGGAUUUUCGGACACCCCCAGGAUUCGAUCGCACGCGCAAUGCCGAGAUAGGCAACAAAGACAUUAAAUUUAAACACCUGGAGGAAGCCUUUACCUCAGAGCACUGGCUUGUUAGAAUAUACAAGGUGAAACAACUAGACAACAGAGAGACAUUGGAUCAUAAACCUAGAGUAACCAACAUUGUACCGAAACAGAAGUAUUUGUCAAAGAAGACCUCCAAAAGGAAGCGUGGCUACAUUAAGAAUAAACUAAUAUUAAAGAAAGGCAAGAGACCCAACAGGAAGACAGUUUAAAUACACUGCUCUGAUUGCUAAUACGAAGCAGUUGUCCUUGAGAUAACCAGUCUUUGCCUUUAGCUCAAGUCAUGUUUCACAGCAACAUGAGGGUACAGAACCAUCAUUGGUCCAGAUUAUUGUACAAAAUUUUCAGGCAAUGUCUGAUUAAAAAUAUUGGCUUAUUGAGAACAGCUGUUUUAGAUUUGUAAUGUGAAGCAAGACAGAGCUGCUAUCCAAGUCUAGCAGCAUUUUUUUUAUUGGUACAUAUUAUCCUUCAAAUCUGUUGAGAAUUUGGACUGACUGCACCAAAGAACCCUGUAAUUUGGUCCUUGGCACAUGCAUACUUGUCAAUCUUUUUUGGAAAGCACUGUUCGGCUGAAUAGCAGCAGGAUGUAAACCGGAAUGGUGAAAGCUAAAAAUGACUUCUACAAUUCAGAGGAAGCAGAGCUCGCUGAAAUUAACCUUUCCGAGGCAGUUACUGCCACCGCCGUUUUCCCGUGGUUUCUUUCAGUGUCCUUCGGAGCGGACGGGGCCGCGGGCCGGGGCGGGGGAGAGGCAGAAGCUGCUUUUGUUGAACGGGGGAUCGCAGCGGCGCGGCGUCCCGCUGUCAGCCCCGAGGCAGGCGCGAUCCAAGGGCUAAAGCUGUACCUCCUGCGCCAUCCCAAACGGCAGCACUGAAUGCUGUAGUCACACGCAGCUGAGCGCCGGCCGCGCCUGCUGCUUGGGGACAGAAAUUAAACUGCUUUAGGUAAAUGUUUACAGCGGUAAAAUAAGUACAGCCCAUUUAAUAGGGAGGGGGGGAAAAAGGUUGACAGGUAUACAGAACCCCUUUUUCUGUGGCUAAUGGAGGCAGAGGAUUUGCAGACCUCUUCCCCCCCUCACUGCCUUUCUUGUGAGGGUAAAAGUUUUCUCUGCGUUUUUAUUUAGAGAGCUUAAAUCAACUGAAGAAAUUCCUGCUCUAGUGCUAUUUGCUUUGUCUGUCUUUUAUACUGUUUUUUUUUUAAAGGAAAAAGUGGUGAAAACUGUCAAGAUUUAAGUGCACUAAACUAUAAAUGGAGACUGAACGUGUUCAACUUUCCAGCUCUAGGAAAACUUUAUACAGACUUGAACAUUUUCCUUAAUUACAAGGAAAGGGUUUUGCAGUUUGUUUUCCUGCCACAGGUUGUAACUUUUUAUAGAAACAAAACUUGCAUCGACAGUUUGAUGUAAAAUGCAGAAUAGUAUGUACCUUUGAUGAAGAAAAUGUAAAUUUACAGUGUUCUGUGAGGAUGUUACUGCUGACUUUCUUUCCCAAGGUGUAGAAUAUUUUUUUGAUUUCCAAACUCAUUUUUGACUCCAAUACUACAGCUGCAACAUUUUCACAAAGGUAAUUUCAAUCUGGAUUUCUGGGCCCCUGUCCUUUGGAGAUUUCAUUUUGUUUUGUUGCUUUAAAGCUCAAUGCAGACCACUCAUUGACUGUAGGGGAAAAUAAAGUUAAUUCAAGUUUUGUGUUAA